UUUCCUGCUGCGACAGCCGCAGUCGGAGCUUCUCAGGGCCGCUGAUCACAUGAUAGAGCGACGCUGGCUAGCAAGCUAACAUGUUAGCUUCGGCUGUUAAAACCCGGGCCAGGAAUCGCACACGGAUGCAGUAGCCUGACUAACAAGCAGUCGCAAAGUCGUGAAGUCUCUGGGCAUUGUAGAAAGGGACUUGUCUUCUUUUCCUACUUGCCCUCUUCAAGAUAUCAAGUCAUUAAACUUCUGCCCAACAAGUCACAGGGGUUUUGGCAUCAUUUUAAGGCUCAUCAGCCAAGCUAGUCCUUAGCAUCACUGCAGAGAUAUCGGCAGGCCGAGGUUGUGGACUCAAAUGGGCAAGAUGGACAGGCGAUAAAUAAGACACCAGAUUCUGAGGUACAUGUUGAUUUCGUAAUGACAAGCUGCUGUGCAGAAGAUGUCCACGCUGUCUGUGACUGAUAUCCCAGAUGUUGGUCAUGAUGAGAGUAAGGUGUUCGAUGAGGCCUCUGAGCUGCAGCUGGACUGCAUGGUUGAGGAAAGCAGUGGAAGUACCACAAUGAAGCAUGAUGGCCUGCUGUCACUGGCUGCCCUCUCACACACAGAUGAUUUCCCCGGCCCCCCUCAUAACGGCCCCUCACUGGCUGAGAUGAGCAGCCCUCUGCCAGUAGAACCAAAUGACAUUAAACUGGAUCCAGCUGCGAGUGACACAUCUUCAAGCACAGAUGGUCAGCCAGUGAAAAGAAAGAAGGGGCCUGCUCCAAAGAUGCUGGGCAAUGAGGUAUGCAGUGUCUGUGGUGACAAGGCCUCUGGUUUCCAUUACAAUGUGUUGAGCUGUGAGGGCUGCAAGGGCUUUUUUCGGCGCAGCAUCAUUAAAAGUGCCCAGUAUUCCUGCAAGAACAACGGGCGCUGUGAAAUGGACAUGUACAUGCGCCGCAAGUGCCAGCAGUGCCGCCUGCGCAAGUGUCGGGAGGCAGGGAUGCUGGAGCAGUGUGUACUCUCCGAGGAGCAGAUCAGACUGAAAAAGCUGAAGAAGCAGCAGGAGGAGGAAACAGCCCGCACGUCCACAGUGGUCACACCCACCCCUCCACAGGAAGCAGCUGCACUGGAUCCGCAGCAGCAGGAGAUGAUUCAGAAGCUGGUGGCCAUGCAGAAGCAAUGCAACAAGAGGUCUUUCCUUGAUCGACCAAAAGUGACGCCAUGGCCACAGAGUCAGGAUUUGCAGAAUCGAGAAGUGCGUCAGCAGCGCUUCGCUCACUUCACUGAGCUGGCAAUCAUGUCAGUCCAAGAGAUUGUGGAUUUUGCUAAGCAGCUUCCUGGUUUUCUUGAGCUCACAAGAGAAGACCAGAUUGCUCUACUGAAGACAUCUACCAUUGAGAUUAUGCUGCUCGAGACAUCUCGGCGAUAUAACCCAGCCAUCGAAAGCAUUACAUUUCUGAAAGACUUCAGCUAUAAUAAGGAGGAUUUCGCCAAAGCAGGGCUUCAGUUUGAGUUCAUCAACCCCAUCUUUGAGUUUUCAAAAGGAAUGAAUGACCUGCAUCUGGACGAGGCCGAAUAUGCUCUGCUCAUUGCUAUCAACAUCUUUUCUGCAGAUCGGCCGAAUGUGCAGGAUCACGAUCUGGUGGAGAGGCUGCAACAACCUUAUGUGGAUGCACUGCGCUCUUAUAUCAUGAUUAAGAGACCAAAUGAUCACUUGAUGUUCCCCCGCAUGCUAAUGAAGCUGGUAAGCCUUCGUACACUAAGCAGCGUCCACUCGGAGCAGGUUUUUGCCCUUCGCCUCCAGGACAAGAAGCUUCCCCCGCUGUUAUCUGAAAUCUGGGACGUCAAUGAAUGACUGCAAACCUGAUGUCACACUCCGUGGCUUUGUUAAGCCUGAGACAGACAUGGCAUCGAGCAAGAUCACUGACUUUUUUUUCUGUCGAUCUUGUCGAGGACUGAUUAUAGCAUUGAGAUUGUUUUCUGUUUCUUGGGAAAGAAGAGCAUCAUUGCUCUUUGUUCUCGGACUGCUAUAUGGCUUUGUGUUCAUAAAGAGAAAUAUGAACGCCUAGUUUUCUUUGAACCUUGCAUUUUUUUUUCUUUCAUGUAGAUACUGAUGUGAUUGUGGUUAAGUACCAGCAUUUGGCUCUUUAGCCAGUUAUCUUUGAUUUAAUAUUUGUUGACAGUUUGUCAGUCUCUAGUGCGGUUUUAUCUUCUUCCUCUAACAAUAAUAAUCAACAAGAACUGAGCAGGUCUUGGCUGUGGCUGUUUCAAAUGUAGGAUUACAGUCACACAUACAGUUAAAAUGGUGAUAUUUGCAGUUGUGCAAUAGAAUGGGCAAGGAUGUGCAUAAUCAGACCCAUAACAGCAUUUCAUUUUAUUGAUGUUAGGUUAAAAUGGUAGGCCAUCUGGUUGACGCGUGAUAUGGCAACAAAUAGUUUGUGUUCCUUUUGGAGUAAGUACAAAAGUUAAAGGUUGGUGUAGUUGCUCAGGUAAAGUAAUGUGAAGUAGACCUCUGAGAACUGGAGGCCUCCUUAUUAUCUAUUAGUUGAAUAUCUAUUGCUUUAGUUUUUCCAGAUGCAUCAGGGACCUUUUUGGUCAUUUAUAGAAGCCCAUUAAAGUUCAUGUAAAUUGUAUAUUUAUUUACAUUAAAAAUGCAAAGCUUAUCCUCAAGAUUGUACAAUCACAUGCUAACGCACAAGAAAGUACAACUCUGCAGGUGACUAGUAGGCUGGGCCCUUAUUCACAGGAAAUGGUCUUUUUCUAUUUAAUUUUUUUUUUUUUUUUUAAUUCAGUGCAAUGGUAUCCUGAAAUAGGUGGUAUUGUGUCUUUAAAAUGCAAGGAAAGAUGAAUUAUUAGUUUGGCAAAGUCAGUCUACCAUCUCUCUGAGCCUCUUUUUUUUUUUUUUUUCCCCCCCUCAAAUGAAUAAACCCCUUUUCUAAGUUGGAUUUUGGAUUUAAAAAAAAUGGAAAGUAUUGGCUUGAUUAACACCUUGUUUGUAACUGUAUGUGAAAUGUACUUUUAUUUGUGAUUUAUCACUAGCGUUUUAGAAGCGUGACAAAUGUUUGAGCAGGAAAUAGAGAAUUUUGCGACCUUUUUAUUUUUGAUAAUCUACUAUGUGACUGAUACAGAGGAAAAAAAUGUCAAACUGAAUAUCUAGUUAGAAAACUAACCAGAUCGAAAGGUUUAUAAUAGUGUGAGUAUCUUCCUCGAACAGGUACUCAGCAUCAACAGCUUUAACCAGUCAGAUUUUGGAAAACCUCACUAAAAACAUGUACCAAAAUCUAUAUUAACAGGGAGCAGGAAUCAACAGGAAAGAACUACUGUACUACAGAGAUUUAAAUGUUUUUAUUAUUGCUGUGUUUCCCAUGCCUUGUCCUGUGCGGUGUAACAUUGAAAUGCUGCAUAAUGGAUGAUAAAGGACUGCCAAUGGAAAUCCAUAA